AUGCCCGCACCCCGUAUCCUCCCCCGCCGUCCCCUCACGGCGCUCCCGCCAUGUCCCGGCGGGGCGGGGGCUGAGGCGGGGCCGCGCCGCCUCAGAGCCGCGGCCAUGGCGGGUUUCGUGAGGGAGCUGGAGCGGCGGGCCGGGCCGGCGCUGCGGCUGGAGCAGAGGGCGGCCGGCGGCGUGGGCUGCGUGGUGUGGGACGCUGCGCUGGUGCUCGCCAAGUUCCUGGAGACCGGCGCUUGUCCCCUCGCCCGCCGCCGCGUCCUGGAGCUGGGCGCGGGCACCGGCGCCGUCGGCAUCAUGGCAGCCACGCUGGGGGCCAACGUGACGGUCACGGACCUGGAGGAGCUGCAGGAGCUGUUGUUGGUGAAUAUUGAGAAUAACAAGCACCUGGUCACAGGGUCCAUCCGAGCCAAGGUACUGAAAUGGGGUGAAGAUGUAACAGAAUUUCAGCCUCCCCCCGAUUAUAUACUCAUGGCUGAUUGCAUUUACUAUGAGGAGUCCUUGGAACCCUUGCUGAAGACCCUGAAGGACCUGACAGGCCCUGACACUUGUGUCCUGUGCUGCUAUGAACAGAGGACGAUGGGGAAGAACCCUGAAAUUGAGAGAAAAUACUUUGAACUGCUUCAGAAGGACUUUGAGCUGGAAAGAAUUCCCCUGGCCAGGCACGACGAGGAGUAUCGGAGCGCGGACAUCCACAUCGUGAACAUCCACAGGAAGGGCACGAAUUCCCCGUCGUGAGAUCUUUGAGCACAGGAUCUAUCCCCUGGCAGAACCGUGGAGAAGAGAGGAUGGGAUAACACCACAGAGGGAUUGUCUGCGGUGUGGCUGUGACUCAUCUGCACCGAACAGCUUCUCGCUGGCGGACUGAGCAGCCGAGGUGUCUGACAGAGCCUUCCGGCAGCGCAGCUGUGGGCUGGCCGUGUGUGCCGAGCGGGGAUGGAGCGGGGAUGGAGCCGGGAUGGAGCCGGGAUGGAGCGGGAGCAGCGCUGGGGGCGGUGCCGCUGCCUCUGCUGAGCGAGCGGCGCUGCCGAGCCGAGGGCACCGCGCUGGAACCUCCCAGAGGGAAAAACUCUGCGAGCGGCUCGACUCAAUAAAACUUUGGCACGGGACACGGGUUUCAGUGCUGGUGGGUUGUUCAUUCAUCCUGUGGUUCCUGUGACAUUCCCUGAGCACCUGGGAGGGUCGUUCCCUCUGGGAGGUGCAUUCCAGGAACUGGGGCUGUUGUGGUUGCUGCACAGAUAAAAAUUGUUCUGCCUUCUGUUUUCA